GUGCGAGAGAGCCUGCGGGAGAGCCGAAGGUGGCCGCACGGCGCGUGCGGCUCCACAGCGUUUUUAAUGCCCGCGCGCGCCGUGCGACAUCGGGCGAGAGAACGGACGGGCGGCCGCCCUCGGACGACCCGCUACGUCGCGACCACGUUCUUCCGCUGACAUAAUCCGGUGCGAACUGGAUCGGUGCGGUAUGACCGCGACGUAUCGUUAAUCCCGAGCGUUUUCACACACACAGAGACAGAGAAAGAGAGAGAGAGAGAAAAAGAGAUAGAGAGAGAGAGAGAAAAAGAUCAAGAUAGACAGACAGACAGAGAGAGAGAGAGAGAGAGGAGAGAGAAAAAGAGAAAGAAAGAGGAAUUCGCAGAACCUGGUCAUCCCGACGUCGACACGCGGAGCCACCUUGCCUUCGUGCCAGGCUUCUCAUCGCCACCGUCGUCGUCCCUACUCCGGACGAGAGAGCGCGCGCGACAGCGAUAAAUCUCCUCAGCCGAGCAGCGACCGUAUAACGCCGCGACCACGCGUUCCCACGCGCAUCAGCGAUGUCGAACGAGGAGACCUCCGCCGACCGCAACGUCGAGAUCUGGAAGAUCAAGAAGCUCAUAAAGAGCCUCGAGAUGGCCAGGGGGAAUGGCACGAGCAUGAUUUCGUUAAUCAUACCUCCAAAGGACCAAAUAUCGAGAGUGAGCAAGAUGCUAGCGGAUGAAUUUGGUACUGCGUCGAACAUUAAAUCUCGUGUAAAUAGAUUAUCUGUCUUGGGUGCAAUCACGUCAGUACAGCAUAGGCUAAAGUUAUAUACUAAAGUGCCUCCAAAUGGCCUGGUAAUUUAUUGUGGAACUAUCGUUACGGAGGAGGGGAAAGAGAAGAAAGUCAACAUCGAUUUUGAACCUUUUAAGCCUAUUAAUACUUCCUUGUAUCUUUGUGAUAAUAAGUUUCACACGGAAGCGCUGACAGCGUUACUCGCCGAUGAUAAUAAAUUUGGUUUUAUUGUUAUGGAUGGUAAUGGCGCUUUAUUUGGCACGCUACAAGGCAACACACGUGAGGUCUUGCAUAAGUUUACCGUGGAUCUUCCUAAGAAACAUGGUAGAGGUGGUCAAUCUGCGCUUCGUUUCGCCCGAUUACGGAUGGAGAAACGACAUAACUAUGUUCGAAAAGUCGCGGAAGUAGCUACUCAAUUAUACAUCACUAAUGACAAACCAAAUAUCGCUGGUUUGAUAUUGGCAGGUAGCGCCGAUUUCAAAACAGAACUUAGUCAAUCCGAUAUGUUUGAUCCGAGAUUGCAAGCUAAGGUCAUAAAAUUGGUGGAUGUAUCGUAUGGUGGUGAAAAUGGCUUUAAUCAGGCUAUUGAGUUAGCGGCCGAAUCUUUGCAAAAUGUAAAAUUCAUCCAAGAGAAGAAGUUGAUCGGUCGUUACUUUGAUGAAAUUUCUCAAGAUACCGGCAAGUAUUGCUUUGGUGUAGAAGACACGCUAAGAGCUUUGGAAUUAGGUAGCGUUGAAACACUCAUUUGCUGGGAGAAUUUAGAUAUUCAACGAUACGUCUUGAAAAAUCAUACAAACGCGGAGGAAAAAGUCUUACACCUAACGCCAGAACAAGAAAAAGAUAAAACUCACUUCACAGAUAAAGAGAGCGGGGUAGAGUUGGAGCUUGUGGAAUGUCAACCGUUGCUCGAGUGGCUCGCGAACAACUAUAAGAGCUUUGGUGCUACCUUGGAAAUUAUCACGGACAAGUCGCAGGAAGGAUCCCAGUUUGUCAGAGGUUUCGGCGGUAUCGGAGGUAUUUUGCGGUACAAAGUGGACUUUCAAAGUAUGCAGCUGGAAGACACCGAAAUCGAUAGCUUUGAUUUGGACGACUACUAGGUCCGUGACACAACCGAUAUUUGGUUCUCUUCAAGGAAAAAAAAAACCAGAAGACACAUGCGGUGUAUAUUCUCUCUUGCCGCAACAAGAGACAGAAACAUAGACGGGCACAUUUUUCGAAAUUCACCAUACAAUGCAGCAGCAACAGCAACACGUACGAUGUCGCCACGAAAUCAUUAUCUAGAAUUUAUCGAGCAUCAAGCAGAUCGCAGAUUGAUUACACGAAAGAGUGGAGCACAGCAUACGGCAGGAGCAUAUCGCGACUCAGCAUGGCCGUAUUCUACGAGGAAAAAGGAAAUAAAAUAGACAAAAAAAAGGAUAAGGAAACAGAAAUAAAGGGCAACUCGAAGACUGUGACACUUAAUUAAGCCAGCUUGAUACCUGCCUACUCUCAUCUUAACAUUUUACCACCCUUGUAUUACGAUUAUGGUCCUCAAUUAUUCACGCGGAUUCGUUUGAAACCAAACCAACCAACCUACACACCCGCUCUACACAGUGCCGAAUAUAAAACAAAAUGUUGUACAGUGUAUGUACGUGGUUCGGUCGUGAUUUUAUAUUAAAUUGAUGUUUGUCAUCUCUUUACCAUAGAUUUUAUGAGGAAUGAAUAUUUGAACUACACACACCAGAGUGGAUGUAGCGUUAUUUUUGUUCAGAUACAAUAAUGGAAGAGCUGUAAUAAACUGAUUAUUAUGAACAUACAAUUUGCAUUUGUAUCGUGCAUUCUGACACCGGUUUGCAAAAUUCACGCGGACAUAUUAAAAAAAAAAAAGAAAAAAAAGAAAAAGAAAGAAACGGAGAACGUUCUGUAAAUAGAUGUCAAUUUAAAAGAAAAAGAAAAAGCGGCGCAGUUGCCUUAGGACAUAAGCUGAGAUCGUCUCGUUGACGAUCCACGGAGUAAAUGAAGUAUUUCCGUCUUAUGCAGUGAUACAUAUACUUGUAAAUGUAGGGACAUACAGUUUCCACGCGAUUCCACGUUGCUCCGUUGCUGGCUCUCGGCUCUUAGAUUUUGUACAUUCACACAACUGUACAUAAAAGGCGCUUCGCAAAAAGGAGAAAACAAAAAAGUGAGAGAGAUGUAUCGAGAGGUAACUUUUUCCAUUGUUAUAAUAGUGGUGCACCUCACAGUGAAGAGAAAGAUAUUCCCCGCGAUAUUUAAAUGGCAGUUACUGAAAAAAAUGAAGAGAUGUUACGAAAUUAUUUUAACACUGUUAAUUUAACUUGCUUGUUCGUACGAUGCCUUUGUAAUAAACGACGCUGUGUAUGUAUAAAUGUGGAAAGAAUGUAACGUGCAAUUUUGGUGAAGUACUCUUUAAUGAAAGGAACGUAUGCUGUACAGAGAGGCGAAGAUUUUUCGCGAAUACUAUGAGAUUUUCUUGUCGGAAAAAGAAAGGAAAAGUAAAAACAGUGUAUUGUUGAUUGGUGAUGUAUUUAACAUGAUUAAUUAUGCGAUAUUCUGAUGUACACCUUGCAGAGACAAGAAACAGGCGCACAAAAGAACUUCAUCAAAGUGGGACGUUUGAGAGAAUGAGACGGGGGGAGGGAGGGGACAGAGGAGAGAAGUAGAGCGGAAGAAAGAGAUCGAAAGAGCGAGAAAUCUGAUUUGUGGUAUGUGCACAACGAAUUCCAGAACGUGAUGGCUCGAAGUAUUGUAUCUGUGUAUUGUCUCUCAAGAUAUCGAGAUGUUAAUUGCCGGCUUAACGUUUCUUCAAAUUUUUAUAUGUAAACAUCUCAUUAGGAGUCUCUAGAUAGUUAUUUAUUUCUACACGUCGGUGCGACUACGUUUCUGCUUAGCGGAACAUUGAUUUAAGUAUGCAAAAUAGUACAUUAAGAACUCGAUGAAUAUCAAUGAGUGAAAGAGAGGGAGAGAGUGUGUGAAAAAAGAAAGAUAAAAAGAAUGUGAGAGUGAGUGAAAGAGAAAGAGAGAAUAGGGAAAGCCUUGUAAUCUUUGUCUUGAAGUAAGGGUACACGGAAAUGUCGUCCACGCGAGUUGCUUUAAUUGAAUCGAUGACGUACUUAGAUUAUGGCUUGCCUAUGAUCUCUAUAAGCAUAGUUGUAUAAUCUGCUAUAA